CUUUAUAGUUGAGGGUCUUGAAACCACAUCUCUCUCCUUUCUCUUUCUAUUUCUUUGUUAUCAUAUAUUUAUACACUGAAAGGAAGAAAAAUAGCAAAGAAUAUGAGUCUGACAAGAUCAUCAGCAGAACUAUAUACACCCAAAAGCCUAAAAAGAUUUUCUUCCAUGAUAGACAUUUAGACAAACGUGUGUGUGCGCUCUCAGAUGCCUCCUCUCUCGUGUGUUUUUAGCCAUAAUUGGAUUGGAAUAUGUUAUAGUUUCAGAUCAGGAUUGCUAAGUUUCUUUCCUUCCCAGAUCAUGUUCAGAAAAGCAAGGGCUAUGUCCUCAUCAAAUUGCAAUGAAUUGAACAUCAAAAUGGGUUGAUGUGUUAGCUUCAAGUCAAGCUCUAGCCUUUACAAAGUUCUUGGACAUUCUUUUAAGAAAAAAACUUCUGCAGUUACCGUACACUGCAACAAGUGGUUUUUUUUUUUGGCUUUCAUAACAAGAUGGCGACGUACUUUCAUGGGAGCUCAGAAUUCCAAGCUGCUUCUGCUGCUGCACCUGAUGGGAUGCAAACACUCUAUCUCAUGAACCCGAACUACGUACCCUACUCUGACACACACCAACCAGCUAUUGCCACAAACAUGUUCUUCUUGAACCCGGCCAGCAACGCGCUAAACCCCACAAGCCUGCCCCACGCGCCACCACCUAACCAUCACCACCUCCUCGGUCUCCCUCUCCCAUCACCAACUCCUUCCAUAGGACUGGCCAAUUUGGAUGAUCCCCACCGUCCAUCUCCCCUACAUGGCAUAAUCUCCGGGGUUCACUGUAACUUAUGGGGCUCGAGUAUUGAUCAUCAGAAUUCACCAGGAAGUAGCCAUCCUCAAGUUGUGUCGGUAGCGGUUACAGCAGAUAACUCGGGUGGGCCCCACGAUGUUGCAUCGCAUCUGGGGUUACGUCGGCCGGUGGUGUCACCAAGGCAAGGUUUAUCCUUGAGUCUAUCAUCCCAACAGGUGCCUUAUAGGUCAAGUAAUGUUGAAACAGAUAUCCAAGGACAACCUCAAGUUCCAACUAUGCCACUGGCUGAUGAUAUGAGAAUAUCUGGGAAUUCACCGUCGUCGGUUUCCGUUGUUUCGAAUGGGAUUUCCGGGGUUCAAAGUGUUGUUUUGGGAUCCAAGUACUUGAGAGCAGCACAAGAGCUUCUUGAUGAAGUUGUUAAUGUUGGGAAAGGGAUAAAGACUGACGUGUCUGAGGGGACCAAGGAGAAGAUAAAUGUGAACAAAGAAUCGGUGGCUGCUGUGACAGGAGAGGGUUCAAGUGCUUGUGAAAAUGGGGCUAAACGUGGAGCUGAGCUCACCACAGCACAAAGACAGGAGCUUCAGAUGAAGAAGGCAAAACUUGUCAGCAUGCUUGAUGAGGUGGAGCAAAGAUACAGGCAGUACCAUCACCAAAUGCAAAUUGUGGUUUCUUCGUUCGAACAGGUAGCAGGAUUCGGUGCAGCAAAAUCGUAUACAGCCCUUGCUUUGAAGACAAUUUCAAAGCAAUUCCGGUGUCUUAAAGAUGCAAUAUCUGGACAAAUCAAAGCCACAAGCAAGAGUUUAGGAGAAGACGAUUGCUUAGGUGCAAAAGUUGAGGGUUCAAGACUAAGGUAUGUUGAUCAUCAGCUUCGACAACAGCGGGCGCUGCAGCAGUUGGGAAUGAUCCAACACAAUGCUUGGAGACCCCAGAGAGGAUUACCUGAACGAGCUGUUUCUGUUCUUCGUGCUUGGCUUUUCGAGCAUUUCCUUCAUCCGUAUCCUAAAGAUUCAGACAAACAUAUGCUUGCUAAACAAACAGGGCUUACAAGAAGCCAGGUGUCAAACUGGUUUAUAAAUGCUCGAGUUCGGCUUUGGAAGCCAAUGGUUGAAGAAAUGUAUUUGGAGGAAGUCAAGGAACAAGAAAGGAAUGGCAGUGAAGAGAAUGAAAACAAAAGUGAACAAAAGGAUUCAGGGUCUAGCUCCAGUGCCCAGCAAGAGGAUGUGACAACAAAGAUACAAGUUAAAACUCAAUCCAAGCCUGACAAAUCCAUCAACCAGAAUACUUCCCCUACUGAAUUUUCCAACUCCACAAUCUCCACAUCUCCCAUGGGAGGGUCCCUUCUGCCACAAACAGCCUUCAAUCUCAUUGGAUCUUCUGACCUUGAUGGUGCUGCUCAAAGAAGUCCAAAAAAGCCAAGGAAUAUUAAUGACUUGCAGAAUUCUCCUAGUAGCAUCCUUGCAAUGGACAUGGACAUGAAGCAAGGUGAAAUAAGGGAAAUCAACAUGAAGUUAGGCGAUGAAAGGCUAAGUUACUCAUAUCUAACUGGAACAGCUUACAGUACUAUGCGAGAGAUUGGGAGGUUUGAUCAUGAGCAGCUGCCACCAGGGUUUCAUGGGAACAGUGUUUCCCUCACCCUUGGCCUGCCCCAUUGUGAGAAUCUCUCUCUCUCGGGGAACCAACAAAACUUCCUAUCAAACCAGAGCAUUCAGCUAGGAAGAAGGUUAGAAUUAGGACCAAGCGAAUCUGAUUUCAGUGGGAUCAACACCCAACAAGUUUCUCAUUCUAGCACCGGCUAUGACAACAUUGAGAUGCAAAACAGGAAAAGGUUUGCUGCGCAAUUGUUGCCAGAUUUUGUGGCCUGAACAGAAUCCAAAUUCACAAUGAAUUCGCUUUCAAUUCUAUCCGCUGAUGGGCUAUAUAUAUAUGUGUGUGUAUUACUUCUUUCCCUUCUUGAAAAACUUCAGGUAAGUUAAAUCACGACUCUGAGCGUGCACAAAGAACAGUAAGAUAAUCUUUCCAAGUUCAGUUCCUAUUUAUAUCAUGCUUGCUCUUAUACAAAGAGAAGCAUGCCUACUGUAAAGAUAAAGAAGGAUAGCUAGUAUA